AUGGCAAAUACCACUAUUCAACCCACAUUACAAGAUGAUACAUCUACAGCAAAGAUAUUAGCCAAAAUCAAACAACUGGAGACCAACAUGGCACGUUUGUAUAUACGGAUGGGCUUGUUUGAGUGCGAUGAGCGAUUAACAGGCCAUCUUUUACAGAAUGCAAAGAACAGACUAGCUACAUCUCAAAGAAAGGACCAAUUAUUGAUCGAAUUGAACCAAGAAUAUGAAAGACUAGCUCGUAAGAGACUAGAUCAAUGUAACUCAUUGAUGCUAGACUGGCAAUCCUAUCAGCAAGAUCAAAAAAAGACGAGGCAAUCUGACAUUGUAAAGAGACAAAUUGAGUUUGAUAGACAGUUGGAUGUGCUGGAUGAGGAAAAAAGAAGAAAUUGGGUUUCACACACACAGAACAUAUCUGAGAUCAGCAAUCAGUUGUUACAUUACUUGAAGCACUAUUCAACUGACAGCUCUAUCUUGACAUUUCCAACAAAUGUCCUGGAUCAAUUUUGGGUACUGCAAAUCCAAAUACCUGUACUACAAGCAGAAUUACCUCUUACCAUCGAUGCGUUGAAUCAACUACUAUCAAAGGAUCAAGUGGAAUCGUAA